UUAAAAACAAACAGCGCUCCCUAAUCCCACGGUCGACUCCACAAUAUCCACAUUCGGACCAAGAGGUUUGCUUUAGUUAAGUAUAUUUUGCCGUACGCACUUGUAAUAACUGUUAAAUUAUAGGCGAGCUAAAUUAGCGUUGUGAUAGGACCCCACUGGAAUUUGUUUAGCAACUUGCGGGAAAAGUUUGGAACGCAUGCACUCGCUACAAAGUUGCAAACAACGUUUUUUUAAUGGAUGCUUCGGCUGUGAAGUUCGGAAAGGGGGCGCAGGCUGGGGUCGUAGGCUAUCUGAUCUGACUUUAUAAACAGACAGUAUCCUGUUGCGAGCAGAGUCAGCUGGCUCACGGAGGAGAGGACGGAGCUUCUUCUCGCUAUUAUUCGGAUCUUUGUCCAUUCCGGAGUAGGCCUAGGCAUAAUUGCUUCCGUGGGAUAGCUAACACAUUGCGGGAGAAACUAAUUCAACUUCAGGUCGGGAUCUUCACGUCAGAAUACCGCUUGACAGUGCUCUCUCUCCGCUGCCUGGACUGGACAGAAGCCUGGUAAUCUUUUACUUUGAGAGUGACGAGGGUUUGGAUUUAAUCCUUUCGUUUCAAUUGUUUACUGUGUUUAACAUUGUUUUUAUUGGCUAGCCUACUUUUUAUUUUAUUUUGGACAGAACGUUUUUUUGUGACAGUUGUGGCUCGAAUCUUAAAUCAGAUCAUAGUUUAUACACAUUUUGUAAUUCACUUCAAGAUGGAUAAAUACGACGAUUUGGAUCUUGAGGCAAGUAAAUUUUUAGAAGACCUCAAUAUGUAUGAGGCAUCUAGGGACGGGUUGUUCCGAAUGAAGAGGGAUGCAGGGAACAACUCCGAUUUUGAAGAAACCAGGAGGGUUUUUGCCUCCAAAAUGACAAAAAUCCACAUACAGAAACAGCAAGAGGAAACAGCCAAAAACAAUUUGGCAGUGAGAAUGAACGGGGGUCACAACAGAGCGGCAGACAGCAUGUUUUACACCAAAGACAGGCCGCCUAUCAAUAGCUACAGACAGGCAGGAGAAGCUGCGGCCAAGCCUCCCAUACUCUCUGGCCCUAUGCCAGGCACCGCCAGUGGCGCGAGUCAGUACGCGCCCUAUGACGCUCUGAAACACCAUUCACCCAGUCAACAGCCAUACAGCUAUGGAAACAAUUACGAUAACAAGGACCGUUUUGAGCCCCAUUCUUACCACCACGCCUUGAGUCCCACCAGCCCAGGGAAUACACCCACACAUGCUUCUGGUCACCCUGCCAGUCCCUCUGUCACUUGGGCCUCUUACUCUUCCAGCCCUGGUGGAUCAUCAGGGCUUAUGUGCAGCCCACCUCAGCAGCCCCCACACCACUCACCAUCUCCCUCCUUCUCCGACAGCCUACCAUCUCCGAGCCCCACUAGACUGCACCAGAGCAAAGCUGCCACUCUACUAGUGCGGCAGAGACCCCCCAUGGUGGCUGGGGCUGCAGCAGACUGGAUGCGGAGCUUGGGGAACCCAGAACUGAUUGCACCGCUCCCUCUGAGUGCCUUCACUGGCGGAGCUGACCUGUACCAGCAUCUGUCUCCACAACCUGCCCCUGUUACACCGCCAACAGGCCCUUACUCAGCAGCACCCUGCAUGGUCCCAAGACCAACCGCCAACCAGGGAAAUCUACGCCAGAACGGGCUCUCUCAGAGUCCUGUGGCUCUCACUCCCAGCCCCACCCCUGCUCAAGGGGCUGUCCCAACCCCACCUGUACACCCAUCUGAGACAGCCCAGCCCAAAGCCACUACUGGAGCUUACUUCCCUGCCUCUGCCUCUCCCUCUGGAACCAGUGUCUCUAGAAGCUUUGGCCAGGGUCAAGGUAUAGGCCAGGCCCAGGGCAGGCAAGUGGCCAUGGGGGUGGAUGUGCCCUCUGGCCUAGACAGCCAGCUGUCCUCUGGUGGUGAGGCUUGCCAGCUCCAACACCAGCCCCAGUCUCUCAAACUGCCCUGCCAGACUCUCCAUGUCCAGCCGGAGCAGGGUCCGUCUGCCGCCGAGAUCAAAUUAGAAGCCCUGACCAAGCGUCUGGAGAAGGAGAUGGACUCCCAGCCAAAGGCAGACUACUUCGGGAGCUGUGUGAAGUGUAACAAGUGA